AUGCUCCGGCUCGGCGGCGGGAUGUGCGGCUUGUCGGCCCUGCUCUCGGUGCUUGUCGCUGGGCUCGCGGCGGCGGCGUCCUCGGACCUGUUUGACAACCAACUGGGCGACAUCAAUUACUGCAAAAAGCAAUGCCAGCUCACCAUCAAAAACAAAAGCCCCGCUAAAGACUCCAUAAUGAACGCCUGUCACCGUGGCUGUCGCCUCUACUCCAUCUGUCAGUUUGUCAAUGGCAACGCCGGCUUCAACACCAGCAGGGAGGAGUGUCAGGGAGCCUGCCAGGAGGCAUAUAUCAAGCUGCUGGAGCAGGACGCCUGCAGCACCGGCUGUGCCAGCCAGCCCUCUGAACCUGAGAUCAAGAGGAGGAAGCUCAGAGCCAUGACUCUCCGCCCCAAGCCCCCCUCUGUGAUGGAGGCCGUGUCCAGUUGGUGCAAUGACAUUGUCAGCUCCGCCCAGAGUUUCAUCUCCUCCACCUGGACCUUCUACCUGCAGGCUGACGACGGCAAGGUGGUGGUAUUUCAGAGCCAGCCAGAGAUGGAGUACUCUCUGCCCGAGCUGCAGGCUCCUCGAUCCAACGUGGCAGACAAACCCUGGCCUCAGGUCCACUCUCACACCCAGAGACCCCAUGGUGUGAGGGGUCACGGCGAGAGGGGAGCAUCCAAAGCGGGAGGCAAAGGGAAGCACCCAGUCCAGCACGCGGACGACCCCACAGCUGAGCACGACUUCCUCGGCUGCAUGUCGCGACGUUCAGGCCUUCCACGGUGGAUUUUAGCGGCCUGUCUCUUCCUGUCCAUCAUGGUCAUGUUGUGGCUCAGCUGUGCCAGCCUCGUCACCGCGCCAGAGCAGCACAUCAAGACGCAGCUGAGCAUCAACGGAGAUAAAGAGUUCCUGGACAAUGCCCACAAAGUCAACCCGUACCACCUGAGUCCCGUGAUCGCUGUCGCCGUGAAACAAUCAGAGGAGAGUCAGGAAGCGGGGCCGCUGCCGGUGAAAGUUGACCUCAACAAGACCUGUGUUUAG